AUGGAUCAAAGAUGCGAAGAAAUAAAUAGCCAAAAAGAAGAAUGUGAAAAAAGUGAUGAUAUAAAAAUUGUGAAACAUGAUCAAGCUAAUUGGGAAUUAGAUGAUAUAACAAGUAAAAUAAAAAAAAGUGAAUCCAUAAUUUAUGAAAAUAAUGAUUCAAAUAAAAUGGCAAAAUCAUAUUUAGAUAAAUAUCUUAUAGAUAUAAAUAAUUAUAAAAAUAAUCCCAAUUGUAAAAUAUAUCCAAAAUUGCAUUUAGAUAAUACAAAAGAAAUAAAAAAUUUUAUUAUUAAAGAAAAAAUAUGUGUUAAUACAUAUUAUCAAUACAUAGAUGUAUAUAACAAUUUGGGUUCUAAUGAUGAUGAAAAAAUAUUUGCAAACGAUAAGAACACAUUAAAUGAUAUCGAAAAUAAUAAUUUUAACUAUAAUACAAUUGAUAUGAAAUAUAUAAUACCAAAUAUUGUAAAAAAUGAAAUACCUGUUGCAAUAAAAAAGACAAUAUAUCCAGAAAUUGAAACAACAGAUGAAGAAAUCGAAAUAGAAGUUGAAAAAUAUGUACCAUAUAUAAUCCCUGUUAAUGUUUAUAUACCUAGAUAUUAUGCUAUAUCUGCUAUAGAAGCUGAAGAAAAUGAAAUAAAGAUAAAAGAUAUUCAAUUAACAGAAAAAGAAGAAGAAGAAAUUAUAAAAGAAUUAAAUCCACAUUUAAAAGAAAUAAAAAAUUUCAAUGAAGAACAAACUAAAAAAAUGAAAGAAAUUAUAAAUUUAUCAAAAUUAAAAGCUAAUAAAUUAAAAAUAAAAAAUCCUGAACAUGAACUUAUUGUUUAUUAUGAUAAUAAUACUAGUAAAUCUUUCGAUUUUGAAAUGUUUGAAAAAUUUAGAGAAAUGUCUCUAAAAGAUUUAUAA